AUGGCAUCUUUGUCCCAAAAAAUUCCAUUGCCAAUGUCAGUCAUAGAGGUCGAAGUCCUUGCAGCACGGAGAGCUCUUGAACUUGCUGUGGAGCUGGGCGUUAAUCACGUCAUACUUGAAGGGGACUCUGAAACACUACACAAGACUUUGCUAGAAGAUGGCAGAAACUUUUCAUCCUAUGGACAUUUAGUGCAAGACAUUGUAUAUCUCAGUAAUUUCCUUCCAGCUUUUAAAACUUCUCUUGUACGUCGCAUGAGUAAUAAGUUAGCCCACUCUCUAGCGAGGAAGUCAAAGACCCUCAAUCAUAUGCAAAUCUGGAUGGAAAAUGUGCCACCAGAUCUAUUACCUGUUGUUCAGGCUGACCUUACUAGCCUACCUUAA